AUGGACUGCCUUUUAAGCAUGAUUACAUGUACGCAACAUCUGAAAGUUAGCGGAAAAGAAAUCAAUGUAACAGUUGUCGAGGAAUUAUUGAAUCAACCAGAGAACAACGUCAACAUGACACUUUUUGAUAUGGAUCGACCAUUUCGUAAUCAUACAACUUUUUUAUGCAUAGCUGUGAGGAACCGUGAUGAGGAAUUAAUAGACUAUUUGAUUAAUCGAAAAGCCGAUGUAAAUAAGGGUGACCUAAUUUUUGAGGAUGAGAAUCCUUUGCAUAUAGCAGUUGAAAACGGAGACUUAAAAGUGUUCCAAAAAUUGUAUCAGCUGGGUGCUAAACUUCAUUUACAAACUUCGUUAAGACGAUCGCUUUCUAGGGACACAUCGGAAUCAUAA